CUCAUCAACAGAAGGAAAAAAUGUAAAAGAAUACUGCAACUGCUCACUACUGGACACCAUGAUACCAUAAUCGCUGCGGUUCUGCCCCAAUGUUUCUUAUCUUUCUGCUGCCAGAAGAUUAAAAAAUCUGAACAAUGGACUACGUCAUGAUUCAACAGGUCCUGUUCUCCUCCAGAUAUUCAAAGGUACUUAUACUAAGGAGAAGUAGAUGAGAUGGACACAUGGCUGAACCUAGUUGGUUGUUGCCUUUGCCGCCUUUGUACCCAUACUCCCACUUGUUUAUGCCAUAUUUCAGCAUUAAAUGCAUUUCCCACUUGCUGAUCCCCCAGUCGGGUACCCCGUUCGGAGUGCAGGACCUCUUUGUGGAUGUUUUGAUGCCAGUCCUAUGUCUGAUUGUUUCAAGUGGACAAAUAUACCCGAAUGUUGUUCCGGUAUCCCCUGUUCGGGACGUCUUGGGCCAUUCCGAUUGCGUUGGGUUUCUGCUUGUCCUGGGCUUACUUUAUGCUUUGGGCCGGGCGUAUUGGGCUUGGGCCCAAUACCCCAACACUCUCGAUUAAAUUCCAUUUUGAUUUCUCAUUUUUUCAUUUUACCCAUCAUUUCUCCUUUAAUUUUUGUAGACUCAUAUUACUUUUGAAAUGUUAAAAUUAUAAAACAGUCAGUUUUCUGUCAAAUUCAAAUGUUAUACGAUCAUGGGAGGGAGGGAAUACGUGUUCAAGAAAG